AUGACUUCUGGAACCAUAGUGAUGGAUGAGAGAACUCAGAGUGCUGGAAUCACCUUCGUCCUCUCGGGCUUCUCAGAACACCCACAGCUCCAGACGCCCCUCUUCUUGGUCUUCUUCACCGUCUAUACAGUCUCUGUGGUGGGGAACCUGGGUAUGAUUGUGAUCAUCAGAAUCAAUCCCAAACUUUACACACCCAUGUACUUCUUUCUCAGCCAUCUCUCCUUUCUUGAUUUUCGUUACUCUUCUAUAACCACACCCAAACUCUUAGAGAUCUUGGUUGUGGACGUAAGGACCAUCUCCUACGUGGGUUGCAUGAUGCAAUUCUUCCUUGGUUGCACACUUGUGAUUACGGAGAUGUCCAUGCCAGCAGUGAUGGCCUGUGACCAGUUUGGGGCUGUUUGCAACCCCCCGCUCUACACAGUUGUGUCUCCUAAGCUCUGCAGACUCCUGCUUGCUGGAGCCUACACGUGGGGUGGAAUGUGUUCCUUGACAAUCACAUGUUCUCUUUUGGAGCUGUCCUUCUGCGGUUCUAACAUCAUACAUCACUUUGGCUGUGAGUAUUCUGCUAUUGUCUCUGCCUCCUGCUCUGACUCUCAUGUCAGUCAGAUGACAUGUUUUAUUUCUACUCUCAAUGAGGUGUGCAGCCUCCUGAUUAUCCUCGCCUCCUAUAUUUUCAUAAUUGUCACAAUCAUCAGGAUGCCUUCAGCCGGUGGACUCCGAAAAGCCUUCUCCACCUGUGCCUUCCACCUGACCGCCAUCACCAUUUUCCACGGGGUCAUCCUUCUUCUCUACUGUGUACCCAACUCCAGAAGCUCACAGCUCUUCACCAAAGUGGCCACUGUGCUUUUCACAGUAGUGACCCCCAUGCUAAAUCCCCUUAUCUACAGCCUUAGAAACAAUGAUGUGAAGGAGACUGUCAGAAAAUUAGUCAACACCAAAAUGUUUUCUCACCCAGUGUCAUUUUGA